AUGGCCCAACCUCAUCCUCUCAACGCUGAACCAGACCGUUUACUCUUCGCUUACUGGGUUCCAAAUGUUUCUGGAGGCUUAAUCAUCAGCAAGAUUCCUCAGAGAACCAACUGGGACCUCGCAAGCAAUAUCAAAUACGCCAAAGCUGCGGAAAAGGCCGGCAUCGAAUACGGCCUCACUCAGAUUCGGUUCACUGCUUCAUACGGUGCUGCCAACCAACAUGAGUCGGUGUCCUUUUCUCAGGCUAUUUUGCAGGGAACGGACACCAUCAAGCUCAUUGCUGCUAUUCUCCCCGGACCUUGGAACCCUACAGUGGCUGCGAAGCAAAUCGCCAGCAUAGACCACUACAGCAAUGGCCGUAUUGCCGUCAACCUCGUCAGUGGUUGGUUCAAAGGAGAGUUCACAGCCAUAGGUGAAUGGUGGCUUGAGCAUGCUGAGCGUUACCGCCGUACCAACGAGUUCAUCCGCUGUCUCAAGGGUAUUUGGACGGCUCCCGAAGACACCGGCUUCACGUUCGCUGGCGACUUCUACCGUUUCAGAGACUACAAGCUCAGUCCUAAGCCGCUACAGAAACCUCAUCCGGAGAUCUUCCAAGGUGGAAACAGCGAUGACGCAAGGAACAACGGGGCCGAGGUCAGCGAUUGGUAUUUCAUGAACGGGAAUGAUCUAGAUGGCUUCCGUGCCCAGAUCGCCGAUGUCAAAGCACGUGCUGCCAAGGUCGGGCGGGAGAAUGAUGUUCGGUUUGCCGUCAACGGAUUCGUCAUCGUUCGCGAGACCGAGGAGGAGGCUGUCCGUGUGCUACAAGAGAUUCAAGGUAAAGCGGAUAAGGAGGCUGUCAACGCCUUUCGUGAUGCUGUUCAGCAGGCCGGAGCUAGUACCUCCAACAAGACAGGCAUGUGGGCUAACAGCAAGUUCGACGACUUGGUUCAGUACAACGAUGGCUUCAAAACCAAGCUCAUUGGGACCAAAGAGCAAGUGGCGGAAAGGCUGGUUUUGUUGAAGAGCCUGGGUAUCAAUCUCGUUCUCACUGCGUUCUUCCACUACGACGAAGAAAUUGAACAGUUUGGACGAGAUGUGGUUCCUCUCGUUAGGCAGUUUGAGAAAGAGGGCCGGGGGAAGGAUGCGGACUAUGAGAUAGGGAGAACCGGUGAUGUGUACAAGAAGAAGUAA